GUGAUAUUCCUGCAGAAAGCCACGUCUUUCCACCGUGUAGGAGUGGACGCAAUAAUCAUACGAUGCUGCUACUGACGAUGCGAGCGCAGUUCUAAUGGCAUGAAUGAAUUCGCUUCAGAACGGCAGCGUCCUCCAUUGCAUCAUUUCACAAAUCUCACCAGGAUAAAAUCAAUGACCGGACAAGACAAGACAUCCCACAACAGGACGCGUCUAAAAAACCGACGGAACACAGCGGAGCCGUCGAUAGGGGCGACCUGAAUGAAACCGCGUCAAUAAGGACACUUCUCUGAGGCUUCUCUGGACCAAUAAGGUGGCAUGGCUGGCCUGUCGUUCUGUGGCAACAAUGUGACCAAGAAUGCCUACAGUGUGGAUACGGGGAUGUUGAACAAUGGCUGCUUCGUGGACGCCCUCAACCUGGUCCCUCACGUCUUCCUGCUCUUCAUCACCUUCCCUAUCCUCUUCAUUGGCUGGGGCAGUCAGAGCUCUAAGGUUCAGAUCCACCAUAACACCUGGCUCCACUUCCCUGGACACAACCUGCGCUGGAUCCUCACAUUCACUCUGCUGUUUGUCCACGUCUGUGAGAUCGCUGAGGGAAUCGUCUCCAACAAACAGAUGGACACCAAUCACCUCCACCUCUUUAUGCCAGCGUUUAUGGGUUUCAUAGCAGCCACUACAUCUGUGGUGUACUACCACAACAUAGAAACCUCCAACUUCCCCAAACUACUGCUGGCUCUGUUUAUCUACUGGGUUCUGGCGUUCAUCACCAAGUCCAUCAAGCUGUGGAAGUUUGCAGAGUACGGCGUUGGAGUGCUGCACCUGAGGUUCUGUAUCACAGCCCUGCUGGUCGUUCUGUACGGACUCCUCAUGGCUGUAGAGAUCAACGUCAUCAGGGUCAGGAGGUACGUGUUCUUCGCCAACCCCCAGAAGGUAAAGCCUCCAGAGGACCUUCAGGACCUGGGAGUGAGGUUCCUCCAGCCCUUCGUCAACCUCCUCUCCAAGGCCACAUACUGGUGGAUGAACCCCCUGAUUAUAGGAGCCCAUAAAAGACCCAUUGAACUGAAGAAGAUUGGCAAACUCCCCAUCGCCAUGAGAGCCCUCACCAACUACCUGAAGCUCAAAGACGCCUACGAGGAUCAGAGGCAGAAUGCCGAGGACCCAGAGAAGGCUCCAUCCAUCUGGCGUUCUAUGUACCGGGCGUUUGGCCGACCCAUCCUCCUCAGCAGUACCUUCCGUUACCUGGCGGAUCUGCUGGGCUUCGCAGGGCCGCUCUGCAUCUAUGGCAUCGUCGAACAUCUCAACAAAAAGCCCGUCAAGGAAGGGAGUGUGGUCCCCUAUUUCGAGGUCUACUUCAUGUCAUCCAACGAGCUGCUCCAGAAUACGUCAGUGCUGGCUGUUCUGCUGUUCCUGGCCCUGGUGCUACAGCGGACCUUCCUACAGGCCUCCUACUAUGUCACCAUAGAGACCGGCAUCAACCUCCGUGGAGCCCUGCUGGCGAUGAUCUACAACAAGAUCCUGCGUCUGUCCACCUCUAACAUGUCCAUGGGAGAGAUGACCCUGGGCCAGAUCAACAACCUGGUUGCCAUAGAAACCAACCAGCUCAUGUGGUUCCUCUUCUUGUGUCCCAACCUCUGGGCCAUGCCAGUGCAGAUUGUGAUGGGCGUGAUCUUGCUGUACUACCUGCUGGGGACCAGUGCUCUGAUUGGAGCUUCAGUCAUCGUGCUGCUGGCUCCAGUCCAAUACCUGAUCGCUACCAAGCUGGCUGACACCCAGAAGAGCACCCUGGACCAGUCUACGGAACGUCUGAAGAAGACCACAGAGAUUCUGAAGGGGAUCAAGCUGCUGAAGCUGUACGCCUGGGAGAACAUCUUCUGUGACAGUGUAGAAGAUACCAGGGGCAAAGAGCUCACCAGCCUCCGCACCUUCGCACUCUACACCUCCAUGUCUAGUGAGACACACACAUUUGUCCAUGUCAAGGCCAUGGUCAGCGUCCAGAAGCUGGGUGAGUUCCUGCAGAGCGAUGAGAUUGGCGAUGACAGCUGGAGGAACGGAGACAUGCCUGUGUCCCUAGAGGCCUGUAAGAAACACCCUGGGGCGACCAAGGCUAUAAACAGGAAGCAGCCACUGCUCUACCAGAUGGACAACUAUGAGCAGCCAGCACGCAGACCACUGCGACCCAACGAGACUGAGGACGUGGCUGUCAAGGUGAACGGUGGAUUCUUCACAUGGGGAAGCAACUUGUCAACGUUGUCCGACAUCAACAUCUGCAUUCCAACAGGUCAGCUGACCAUGAUCGUGGGCCAGGUGGGUUGUGGGAAGUCGUCCCUGUUGCUGGCCAUGCUGGGAGAGAUGCAGACCCUCAGUGGAAAGGUCUACUGGAGCAAACUGCCUGUGAGUGAGAUGCUGCACGAGGCCAACAGUUGUUUUGAGACGGAUGGGUCUUUUGAAGAAACCAGGAGUAAGAACAGGUACUCUGUGGGCUACGCUACCCAGAAGUCUUGGCUGCUGAAUGCCACCGUGGAGGAUAACAUCACGUUUGGCAGUCCCUUCAACAAACAGAGAUACAAGACUGUGAUUGAUGCCUGCUCCCUGCAGCCUGAUGUAGACCUCCUGCCCUUCGGAGACCAGACGGAGAUCGGAGAGAGGGGGAUCAACCUGAGUGGAGGCCAGAGACAGAGGAUAUGUGUGGCUCGGGCUCUCUACCAGAACACCAACAUCGUCUUCCUGGAUGACCCGUUCUCAGCGCUGGACAUCCACCUGAGUGACCACCUGAUGCAGGAGGGCAUCCUGAAGUUCCUACAGGAUGAUAAACGCACCGUGGUCCUGGUCACACACAAACUGCAGUACCUCAUCCACGCUGACUGGAUCAUAGCCAUGAAGGAUGGCUCAGUGCUGAGGGAAGGCACUCUGAAGGACAUUCAGACUCAUGAUGUAGAGCUGUAUGAACACUGGAAGACCCUGAUGAACAGACAGGACCAGGAACUAGAGAAGGACACUGAGAUUGAUAACUGUCAGACUGCUCUGGAGAGGAAGACCCUGAGAAGAGCUUUCUACUCCAGAGAGGCCAAGAACCAGGUCGACGAUGACGAAGAAGAGGAGGAAGAGGAGGAGGAAGAGGACGACAACAUGUCGACGACCACCAGUCGGCGCUCUAAGAUCCCGUGGAGGGUGUGCUGGCAGUACCUGUCCUCUGGUGGCUUCCUCAUGGUCUUCCUCAUGGUCUUCAAGCUGCUGAAACACUCCGUCAUGGUCGCCAUCGACUACUGGCUGGCCGAAUGGACUGCUAAUGGCGAUGUCCCAGUCAAUGGGACUGCUAAUGGCGAUGUCCCAGUCAAUGGGACUGCUAAUGGCGAUGCUAAUGGAUAUGCCCCAGACUUUGGAAAUGUUACAGGAGACUUUGCAAAUGCCUCUGCAGCAGCUGUCUUCUCCAAUCGGACAAACUCAGCGGCUGGUCUGCCUGACUCCUACUAUGUGCCAGUGUUUAUCAUCCUGUGUGGAGCGGGGAUAGCCCUCUGUCUGAUCACCUCUCUGACUGUGGAGUUCCUGGGUCUGUCUGCUGCUACUAACCUGCACCACAACCUGCUCAACAAGAUCAUCCACGCACCUAUCAGAUUCUUUGACGUGACCCCCUUGGGCCAGAUCCUGAACCGUUUCUCAGCUGACACCAACAUCAUAGAUCAGCACAUCCCUCCUACCCUGGAGUCUUUGACCCGCUCCACUCUGCUCUGCCUGUCAGCCAUCGGGGUCAUAGCGUUCGUCACCCCAAGCUUCCUCAUCGCUCUGAUUCCUCUGGCUGUGUCCUUCUAUUUUAUACAGAAGUACUUCCGGGUCGCCUCAAAGGACCUUCAGGACUUAGAUGACUCCACCCAGCUUCCUCUGCUCUGCCACUUCUCUGAGACUGCAGAAGGACUCACCACCAUCCGAGCAUUCAGACAUGAAUCUCGAUUCAAGCAGAAGAUGCUGGAGCUGACAGAUACCAACAACACAGCCUACCUGUUCCUCUCUGCUGCCAACCGCUGGUUGGAGGUCAGAACGGACUACCUGGGUGCUGUCAUUGUGUUAACAGCAGCAGUAGCCUCAAUAUGGAGCUCUGGCAAGAGCCUUCCCUCUAGCAUGGUGGGGUUAGGCCUGACCUACGCCCUCACAGUGACCAACUACCUGAACUGGGUGGUGAGGAACCUGGCUGACUUAGAGGUCCAGAUGGCUGCUGUCAAGAAGGUCAACAGCUUCCUGAGUACAGAGUCUGAGAACUACGAAGGCUCCAUGGAUACCACCCAGGUCCCCGAGGACUGGCCCCAGCACGAAGCUGAGAUAAAGAUCCAGGAUCUGUAAUGUGUCCGUUACGACCCCCUUCUGAAGCCUGUCCUCAAACACGUUAAUGCCUACAUCAACCCCGGACAGAAGGUGGGCAUCUGUGGACGCACAGGAAGUGGAAAGUCCUCCCUCUCUCUGGCCUUCUUCAAUAUGGUCGACGUGUUUGAAGGACGGAUCAUCAUUGAUGGUAUAGACAUCUGUAAGCUGCCCCUCCAGACCCUGAGGUCUCGUCUGUCCAUCAUCCUCCAGGACCCGGUGCUGUUCAGCGGAUCCAUCCGGUUUAACCUGGACCCAGAGCGUACCUGUACUGAUGACAGACUGUGGGAGGCGCUAGAAAUCGCCCAGCUGAAGAACAUGGUCAAAGCCCUUUCUGGGGGACUAGACGCGGUGGUGACAGAGGGAGGGGAGAACUUCAGUGUGGGUCAGAGGCAGUUGUUCUGUCUGGCCAGAGCCUUCGUCAGGAAGAGCUCCAUCCUCAUUAUGGAUGAAGCCACUGCAUCCAUCGACAUGGCAACGGAGAAUGUCUUACAGAAGGUGGUGAUGACAGCCUUCGCCGACCGAACAGUCGUCACUAUUGCACAUCGUGUCCACACCAUCCUGGAAGCUGACCUGGUGAUCGUGAUGAAGCGAGGGAACAUCUUAGAGAUGGACAAACCAGAGACCCUUCUGGAGAACGAGGACGGCAUGUUCGCUUCCUUCGUCAGGGCUGACAUGUAGGCCCACACACUGUCAGCCAGCACACCAUCAGUCUAUCAAUGAAUCAGCCUCCUCAGUGUUUCCCACAAUGCUUAGGUGGGGCGCAGAGUUCCAGAUAUUAUUACCAUUAUUGACUGAAGCUCAUACUGUAGGUUUUAGACAGGGGAAAUGGAGCCAGGCCGGUUGACCACCUCCACUUGGUAAUGGUAGGGGAAACACUGCUUCCCAAAGCACCACUGAUGGCCUUCUUGUGUUGAUUAUUGGUAAUGUAUUAGUUAUUGAGUUAUUGAUUGAAUGAGUGACCUAUUAAUUUGGUCGUGUAAGGAUCACAAUCGGUCGUUAAAUAUGAUUACAAUUUUACAAAGCUUUACUUAAAUGUUUUAUGUUUAAAUGAUAUAUUUAGUUACUUAUUACUAUAUGAUGUAUGUAUAUAUUUUACACCAUUAUUCAUAGGUAAGCAAUAAGCAGGUAUAGUGUAGUAUUACUACAUUGGUACGAACACUGUAGGGUAUAUCGCUGGAGCAUUUUUAGCCUGGUGACCCUUUGUCUGUCUGAUUAGAUGCGAUGCUGACUGAACCAUGGGACUGUGGACAUUUAGUGGUCACUGACUCCUCUUUGGAAAAGGACAGCUUUCACCCAAUGGGUGUUCUCUAAAGGACUGAAUCUUAAUGUGAGAUGUGCAGGCCUAACUUCAACUCAUACAGAACUUGUGUACUGUAAACCACACAUCCAUGUCAAGAUGUAUGUGAAAACGUGGAGUUACGCAUGUUGGUGUUAAGUUAAGAUCCAGCCCUAAAUGAUAAGGGAAGAUUCCACUUUCUUCUACCUGCCAUAAGCCAGGCCAGCGUUAGUUUCUACCAUACAUGGUGCUGGCUGGUGUAAUUGGUAAGGAAAGUGGUUUCUAUUUUCAGUAUUAAACCUGGUUUCUGGGGAGCUGUGCCACUGUCCUACUGUAGUACCUGAAUAUUUAUAGUUAUUUUGCAUAUCGAACAAUGAUCAUUUUAUAUUGACUUCUUUGUAUUGUAUUAUAGCCUGAAUGCCAAACUGAUUAUUGUAAGCUACACUUUGAAGAAUGUCUGUUUUUACUGAUAUACUGCUGUGUUGUUUUGUUUGUCAGUGUAAAGCGGUUUCUCAUCUCAAGAAAUUCGUUUUUAAAUCAUU